UUCAUAUUUCAAGCACGUUAGAAUGAAGUGGCUACACAUUCCUGUAACAGGUCGAUGUUAUUUGUUCCUUGGGAAACACGCUUGUUUUUUACUGAACAUUUGUUGGUUUCUACAGAACGCUUAAUUGGUUUACAUGCUUUUUUCUUUGAAAGAAAGCCCCCUGGCAAUGACGAAAGUGGUGGCACUUUGUAAAUUAUCAUCAUAACUGGUGCUGACGGUUCACAAAGCGGACAGAUUUCACAUUAAAAUGGAUGAACCUGGUCCCUAUGUAGCAAAUUUUAACAUACGUCGAUGGACAGUUAACCAAGACGAUUCCAUUAAUAGCACUUUUGAUGUUUGGGACAAAAUCCUGGACUUGGAUGAGGAAUUUGAUUCCUUUGUUUUACACCCCUGGGCCUGGGUAGAGGCGGAUCUAACAAUACCAUUUUACGUCUACCUUUUGCCAGUCCUGGCGCUUCUGACACUCUUUUCGAACACUCUAAUGAUUACCGUGUUCGUCAAGGAGAAAAUGUUUUCCUCAAUAAACAUUCUGAUGAUAGCUAUUGGCAUUUCUGAUACUUUACACGUUAUCUUGCCAUCUCCUUUCUUGCUGGCUUUAUAUUUUUCGGACGUCUCUCCAUUCAUCCCUAACCAUUACUGUCGAUUGUGGGAUUAUUUAGCCAAGUAUAUUCCUGAAAUAACUCAUACGUCUUCAAUAUGGCUGACCGUUUUACUCAGUUUCCAUCGCUUCAUUGGUGUGCGUUAUCCUUUCUACAUCAGACAAAUCUCGACAAGAAAGAGAAGCGUAUUGUGUGUUAUAGUGGUAUACUGUUGUUCUUCACUACUUCAUUUAUGUCGGUUUCUGGACACGACCUAUGUUGAUUUUCAUGUUGUGUGGGGAACCAAAGACAUUUUCACUUGUAAGGCUGUGCAUACCGACUGGCUCAAAGGAUACGAAGUCGUGUAUGAAUGUAUCUACUACUGGAAUUGUAUCGUACUAGUCAAGGUCCUUCCUCUAUCCAUCGUGGUGACCUUAGAUUUUCUCAUGGCUAGACAGCUCCUUCGUGCCGAUCAUAAACGACAGCGUUUUCUCUCCGACAACCAGACAACCAAAGAGAGUCGGCGUGUCACGUGGAUUGUGAUUGCUGUAGCCGCCAUCUUUUCUUUGGUGGAGAUUCCAAUAACAAUUAUACUUAUACUAUGGACUCUCUCCAUGGUUCACGACAAAAUGUACGUGUCGGAAGUGAUGCUGGGAGAACUAGGCGUCAUUUUUAACAUUAUAAUCUACAUAUCAUUCCCGUGCAUUUUGUUUCUGUAUUGUUUGAUGUCCAAGAAAUUUCGUAAAUACUUGCCAUGUUUAUCUCAGAAGUUUGCUAUUGUGAAGAAGUUCCAAAAGGCGUCUUCAGAAUCCAACGAAACAGAAUGUUGAUUUUUUUUUUUUUUGUUAUUUCAAUCUGCGCAUACAAAAAGCUUGGUUAUUGUUAUUUUAAAAUUAGAGUAAAUCAUUGUCACAAAGAAUCAUGAUUUAAUUUCUGGUUUCUACUGAUUACAACUCAAGAUACAUGUACUUAAUAAAUUCUCUGAAUG